GUAAAAACUUUCUUUUGAAACAAGCACUUUCCCUAAUUAAACUGUAUUGCAACUUCUAUUGUAAGCAUAUAGGAAAUUGCUUCUUAAACAGAAAUGGAUUGGAUUAUUCCUGCUUCAAUAUUGUCGCUGUUUGGCCUUAUGAUGAUGUUGGUUUUGAAAACUUGGAAUUUCUGGAAGAACAGCUCUCAGCUUCUUCCCCCAGGACCCUGGCCGUUACCGUUUGUUGGAAAUCUUCUCAUAAUGGAUCGGAAAAGACCUUACAGGACUAUGUUGAAGUUGUCCAAACAGUAUGGUUCCGUCUUCAGCCUCCAAAUGGGACUCCAGAAGAUGGUGGUCCUGACCGGGUAUGAGACGGUAAAAGAGGCUCUGGUCAACCAAGCCGAUGCAUUUGCGGAGAGGCCCUUCAUCCCAAUCUUUGAAGAAUUUGGAAAUGGCUUUGGUAUCAGUUUUUCUCAUGGUGAGAACUGGAAAGUGAUGCGGCGGUUUGCCAUAACCACAUUGCGGGACUAUGGAAUGGGCAAGAGAUCCAUAGAAGACAAAAUUGUUGAGGAGUGCAAUGUCCUGAUAAAGAAGUUUGAAUCUUAUGAAGGUAAACCUUUUGAGACGACUACAAUUAUGAAUGCAGCUGUUGCCAAUAUUAUUGUGUCCAUUCUACUUGGCAAGCGAUUUGAAUAUGAAGAUCCCACAAUUCAACGACUGCUGCAGUUAGUCAAUGAAAAUGUCCGGCUCCUUGGAAGCCCCAUAGUCAUGCUGUAUAACAUGUUUCCUGCACUUGGCUUUCUGUUUGGUGCUCGUAAGAUCAUCCUUAAUAACAGAGAUGAGUUGCAUGCCUAUAUAACUACCACGUUCUUAAACCACCUAGAAAAUCUGGACAAAAAUGACCAGAGGAGCUUCAUUGAUACAUUUCUCAUCCAGCAGCAAGAGAAAAAGACAAAGAAGAAUGAUGGAUAUUUCCACAAGGAAAAUCUAAAAUAUGUUAUAGGGAAUUUAUUUGCUGCCGGCAUGGAGACCACUUCUACCACUCUGCGCUGGGGCCUCUUGCUAAUGAUGAAGUAUCCUGAUAUCCAGAAAAAAGUCCAAGCAGAGAUUGAUGACAUUGUUGGAACUGCUCAGCCCAGGACUGAACACCGAAUAAGAAUGCCAUACACAGAUGCUGUUGUCCAUGAAGUUCAAAGGUUUGCCGAUAUCCUCCCAACCAAUUUGUCACAUGCAACUACUACAGAUGUUACUCUCAAAGGCUACUUCAUUCCAAAGGGAACUCAGAUCAUUCCAUUGCUGACCUCUGUGCUCCGUGAUGAAUCGCAGUGGGAGAAGCCACAUGAGUUCUAUCCUGAGCAUUUUCUUGACUCUUCAGGAAAGUUUGUCAAAAGAGAUGCAUUCAUGCCUUUCUCUGCAGGGCGCAGGAUAUGUGCAGGUGAGACCUUGGCCAAAAUGGAGCUCUUUCUGUUCUUUACAAGCCUCCUGCAGAGAUUUACCUUCCAGCCACCUCCUGGAACUUCUAAAGAAGACCUGGAUCUCACCCGAGCAGUUGGGUUGACAACACCUCCCAUGCCCUUCCACAUCUGUGCUCUGCCACGCUGAGAUGUCUCAAGAUCACAGAAUGCUUCACCUGUACGUUGAGCAUUGUUAAGUAUUCUUGCCUCUGAAGUUAAUCUGAUGUGGCAGCCCCUUGACUAAAUUUUAUUGACCCAUGUUUAAUCACAUAUCUUAAGUUUCCCUUGUGCUACUAUUACUGUUUUAAAUAAACAAAAGGAAAAGGUUGGGGGGAAGCUUGAUGGAAUUGACCCAUGCUUUUAUAUGACUGGCAUGCGGUUUUGUUAAAUUUCAUAAAGCUCAUAGUGAUACAUCUCUUAGUUUAAAAAAGGGAACUUGGUUCAUGUGCCAUUGCUGCAGGAUCAGAAUCAAGGGUCUGUUUAUGUUUAAGCAUCACAACCUUUUAUCUACAUAGUGUAAUUCUUGCUUCUGUUUCUUGAUCACAUCAAGCAUAGACGGAUCCAUUUGCUUCUGGAUCAUAGUAAUGUUUGACACAAUAUUGACUACAUAAAAUUUGUAUAUGCCGAAUAUAUCGGUAAUAAACCUGUUUGCUGUACUGA